AUGGCAGCAGCACUUUAUCAUGGACUUUAUGUAAUUAUUGGAGGCGGUAUAAUUCCAAUAAUCAUCAUGAUUACAUCGGCGUGGCUUAUUCGUCGGAAUCUUCUGCAUAAACAUAAAAAAAGAACACAACUAUCAUUAGGUAGGCAUCAACGAAAUGCACUCGAUCAACAAGUUCUUCGUAUAUUAUUUGUGCAAAUUACAUGUUAUAUUAUAUUUACAGUUCCUCAAUUAUGUAAUUUAGUAUUUAAUACAAUCUCAAUAACAAUUCCUAAUCGAUCAAAUGAACAUUUAGCUAUUGAAAGAUUUCUUUCAUUCAUAGCUGAAUUGAUGCUUUAUUUAUUUCCAGUGACAUCAUUUUAUUUAUAUACACUUACAUCUCGUACAUUUCGUAAAGAAUUAAUCAAGUUUUUUCGUUCAAUAUUUUGUCGGAAUGAUAGAAUUACAUCAGUAAGUGGUAUUACAACUACUGAUUACCCAUUUCGUACAUGUACUUGA